GUACCGUCACGUUUCCAGUUCCUUCUUGCUAUGUCCUUCUUCUUGAUAUUAAGUAUAAUUUCACGUGUAUUUAAAUCCUUAUUUCAAUUUAUGGAUAUGUGACCGGUUAUUAUAUUGAAGGCAAAGCGCCAUCGAUCACCACCCAUUGACCGUACCAUGUCCUUAUCGUCGCCACCGUACGACCACGCACUGGAAUAAUCUACAAGCAAAAACAUAUCGGAAUAAAUAAGAAAAUGAGUGCAACGUAAUGGUGUCUCGACAACCUGAAUAUUAAUAGAACGAACAGCACAACAAAUAAAUAAACACAUUUACAUGGAAAAUGGAACCGAUUCAAAAAUCGGUACGUAUCUCUGUGCUUGUAGUUGUUAUCGAAAAGUCGAAAAGGUGGCGACCGGCGAGCUCCGUUUGAUUUGAGCUCGGGGCUUCGGAAAGAAUCCUUUGGAUCUGACAGCGGGAGAGCGCUGAUUCCGUCAGUGUGCUUGUGCUCGUGGAGUGUUUGUUUGUGGAUUGGUGAUUUUUCUUAGUAGAACCAAGGAAAAUGGCUCGAGUAUCUUUUUUUCUAGGGAAGAAAUUAGUUCAAGUAACAGACAGCUUGUCAACAAAAGAAAGAAUCGUGUUAUGCGCAUCAGAAGUGGGAGGCACAGCGACGCUGGUCUUCUUAGGCUGCAUGGGGUGUGUAUCGGGGAUUUACGGGCCCCUAGGGAAGAUUCCACAUGAACAAAUAUCCUGGACCUUCGGUUUAGCGGUCAUGGUAGCAGUACAGGUUUUUGGACAUAUCUCUGGAUCUCAUAUUAACCCAAUCGUAACAGUUGCAGCAGCUACACUUGGGAACAUUCCUUUAAUACAAGUGCCCAUAUACUUCGUUGGUCAACUACUCGGGGCAUUAUUAGGUUUUGGUUUAUUGAAGGUUGUCACUCCAGCUCAACUUCUAGGCAACGUAUACAAGAAUGCAACAGAUGGCACAGUGACAAAAUCGCUAGGAAUAUGCUCGCCAGCUGUAAAUCCUCUCAUAACUCCUGCUCAGGGAUUCAUGGUAGAGUUUCUCAUUACGUUAAUACUCACUUUGGUCUGCUGUGGCGUAUGGGAUCCCAAAAAUAGUGACAAACAUGACUCAGUCUCCAUUAGAUUCGGGUUAACCAUUGCAGUUCUAGCUAUGGCAGGGGGUCCUUACACUGGAGCUAAUAUGAAUCCUGUCCGCAGCUUUGCUCCUGCCUUGUUUAAUGGAGACUGGGAGAAUCACUGGGUCUAUUGGCUUGGGCCUUUGUCAGCAGCAUUCGUUGGAGCUUUAUUCUACCGUUUUGUGUUUAUGAAGGAAAGACCACCUUCUGAAGAGACAUUACCCGAAGGUCUACCUCUCAGUCAGAAAGCUUAACUUUUAUUUUUGUACACAUACUAAUAAAAAUGCAUUUUUGUUACAUAUCGAUCAAAUUUAUUUAAUAAUUAUGAACAAAGGAGCACUAUGAGUUAUGCUCCUAACUAUCAAUUUGAAACGUGACUGUAACCAGUGUCCUGAAAUGAACUAGAUGUAGUUACUUACUUAUCCCUAAAAACGUAUAUUCACUAGUAAUAAUAUAGUGGUGUACUAGAGUAAUUGAUGAUACUUUAAAAAAACAUAGGCUACUGGUAAUGAAAUAAAACCAUUUUGAUAUUAUAUUGAGUGGAAUGAGUAAGUACAAUCAAUCUCCUUAAAAAUAAAUAAUGUAUGUAGAUUGUAUGUCUUUUAUGGAAGUGUUCUUCAUUUGGCUUGAAAUGUUAUGACUGGGAUAUAAGUAUCACAAAUUAAACGCCUACAUAUUGAACCAGAUCAAAAAACUGCGGUGACUGUAAAAAUUGAAAGAGACAGAGGUACAUGCAAUAUUGAAACAGGAUGGAUCCUACCAUCGAAUGAAUAGUUGUACAAUUAUCAACUAUGUACAUAAUUAUGUCAUUUUUAUAUCUGCUAAUUAAGGUCUGAAAUGGGCAAUUACCAAAAAGACAUUUGCAAUGUUCAGUAGCCGUAGAUAAGUUGCUGCUAUACUAUUGAUGGAGCUGCUACUAUUUGAACCAUGGAAGUAUUUAAAAAUCUAUAUUGUCUAAUACUUAGGAUGAAAUGUAGCCUUUUCUCAUGUGGUGCUUUAGACUUAUGAAGCUUAUGUCUCAGUCAUACGACCAACAAAUAAUAAAUGAUACAAAUCACAGUCAUUUUUUCUGUUCAAGGUGCUUGAUAUUCUUAUUCAAAGCCGCUGUGUUCAAUUCUGAACCCCACAUUGGAUGAAACAGUUCUCUUUCUAGCACCAGCGACUUCUCAAAUUGUUCCUCGUCGUAAUGAGAUGUUACUGUUUUAUAAGCUCUAACAAUUGAAGGGUGGUGGAUUGUAAGCUGUCUAACAUAAUCCAAAGCUUCAUCCAACCGGUUGGUGGUAUUUACAACUUUGGAUACUAAUCCAAAUUGUAAACAUUCCUCGGCUGAAUACACCUUCGAUCCUAGGAGAAGUUCCAGGGCUUUUCUUUCACCGAGAAGCUGGCGUAACCUAAAAUAAGCAACUAUACACUAUCUUAAUUUGUAAGAAUGUACUCGUAUUGGUCAAAACAGCUAUUAAAAAUUCCUCUUAAAUGAAUAUGUGUAGUUAAACCAGAAUUAGUAGAUAGAUAUUGAAUGGAUAAUUGCAUGGGAUAUAUUUUUAGUCAUAAAUAGGGUGACCAUAUGUACUUUUUUUAGUGGGACAGUACUUUCUUUUCGAACUCUGUACUACAGUCCUUUGAAACUUUAUCACAUAUACCUGAAAGUACUUUUUUAAUAAAAAAAAUGAUGGUGAUAAAAUAUGCGCAACAGAAGUCGCUUUGGAGUAUAUAUUUCGAACUCAUAAAUCAUAUCGCUUAAAUGAACUAUUUUUACCGCUUAAAGUGAGUCACUUUUAAAACUUGAAAAUGUGGAAGUCAGCAGUGUAAAUAACCUAUGCGGACGCAUGUCAAGCAAUACUAUUUGAAUUGUUCAGCUUACUUGAAAAAUUGGAGUGAACCUUUCUUGGUCAGAUAUUUUAUCUUCGUGUGAGGCUUUUAAGGACUACAUAGGUCCAGUAUUGAAUCAGGACGAACGGUUGGGUGAAGUUAGUCUAAUACAAACGAACGUUACAGAAAACAAAAUUGCUGACUGGAAUUUAAGAAAUAUUUCCACUGAAGAUCGAUGGCUUGAAGUUUUCCAAACAAAAAAUGCAUUGAAAAAUGUAAAAAUUUUAUGUGAGUUUGUUUUUCGUCUGCCUGGGACCAGUGCGUCAAUUGAGAGGUUGUUCUGUAAGUCUACACAAACUUUAAUGGUACUUGCAUUGAAAUGUUUCAUUUUCUAAACGGUAAACCACAAAUUUUAAAUGCAAUUCCUAGUUCCCAAAAGACGACUGGUACCAAAAUAAAGAUCCGAAUGGUCAAGCUAGCACGCCAAAGGAGAAUUAACUUUUAAAUAUUUACGUACAUAUUUUUUUUAAAAUCUUUUGUUAUAUUACUGCUGCAUCUGUAUUAUGAUAAAACAUAAAUACCUUUAUUUUGUUUGAUUAAAAAUGUAUUAGAUUUAGACAAAAAAAUCCUCUAAGUAUCAGUGGUGAUUUUCCUUAAAAGUGUACUUUAUUUGCUAAAAAAUUAUGUGGCGGGCUAAGUGGGGACAGAUCCAUUUUAUAAUUAUUAAAUAAAGUAUUUUUAUAAAUACUUAAUAAAAUAAUAUAAACAAAAGAUAAA